CCAUCACGUGAUCAAAUAGGAAAUUCAUCAAGAAAUCGAAUUGUCAUGAGAUCUCUCUAUCUCCUUACGCGUGGUCAUUUAACGCAUGUGGUUUUGAGUCCAUUGGGUAACGAAUCAAGUGCUAGGAAACGAUCACAACGAAAGUCAGAACAAACUUCGCAUACAGUUAAUAACUCUGUUGGCAUUUCAUCUCCUAUUGUUCUCAAACCGAUCCAUACCUUCACUUGGAGAGCUGCACCAGUGAAGGUUCGAGCUCAUAUCAUCUCUACACCCAAAGAAUGGAACUUGCCCUUACAAAAAGGACCAAAGUCAAAGCCAACGGAUAAAAGUGAUGAAACAGAUGAACUGUUUUGUUGUUUAACUGCUUUUACAGCUACUGGGAUUGAAGUCCAAGAAGGUUUUAUCUCACUCAAUUCAUUAAGAUCAUCAUGGAACUCAAAUCGAGAUGGUGAUUUAAGUAUAAUUUCAAAUCGAAAAUCGAAAACUUCAUUCUUUACACCUGCAAGUCAACAUUUAGGUAAAUUAUCAAAUGAUUUAAAACAAACUAUGGAUUUAAAUGAUAAGCGUACAGAAAAACACAAGGAUUUAGGAUCAAAACAAAUCGAUAAAGAGAUUACAGAUAUUAGUUCUUAUGAUUAUAGUGCUAAGAUUGGAUUUUUAUGUGAUGGAGGAGCUUGGUUUUCAACAGGUAAGAAGAGAAUUGGAUUAAAUAGGACAGAUAGUCAUGAUAGUGGAGAUUCCAAUUUAACCGAAACUGGCGAUGGACCAGUUGUGAUGGAUAGGUUAAAUGAUGAUGUACAAGGUCAAUUUUUUUGGAAAGAAUCUAUGGGUGAAUGGAAGAUUAUGUAUAUUUGUCAUGAUGCUAGUUGAUCAAGAUUGGCUCUUUGCUAUGGUAAUUUCCGUUUUUUAUGAUGUAUGUAUAUCUUUUUUAUUAAUGACUCUUUUUUCAAGGAAUUUGUUUAGCAAUUUUAUGUUGAAGUUCAUAUAUAUAUAUAGUUAUAUAAUGCUUUGAGAGGUUUUUAUGAUGUUCCGGUAGUCUUUUUCUUUCUUCUUCUUUCAAGGUUCAAUCAUUUUGAAUUGCAAUCAUCUUCUGUUUUACUCGCAGUUGUGUUUGUCAUUAACAUUAGAUCACAAUGUUUUUUUUUCAAAUUGCAUAGUCCACCAUGAAAUUAUAAGGAAGGAAUUCAUCAUUCAAACUCA